GAUCUUGUUGAGCUGAGUGGUAACAUUGAGACAGAAGAUAGGGAGACGAUAUCCCAAUAUAACGAGGAAGUGUUGGAAGACGACCUGCAAGAUAACGAUAAAGGAUGGGUGAAUGAGGUAGACUUGUUGCGAAACACUGAAUCUGCAGAACUACAAAAAAACAUAAGGCCCAUUAAGUUUGUUCUGCUCAAGCUGCGAAAACUCACCUACAAGCUUAUCCACUCAACGACACUCCUUCUCCCAGCUUGGCACAGGAUCCUUCGUGAUCAACAGAUGUCGGUAACCAACAUGCCCCGCGAUGUUUCGACCUGUUGGAACUUGACAUACGACAUGUUGGCAUAUGCCCUUGCACAUCGGAAAGCAAUUAACGCUGUUACACAGCAAUGA